AUGAAUUUUAAAGAAUAUAUGUGGCUUUUCAAGCUUGAAUUUGAAGCAUAUGUAUGUACCACGUUCUUCUGCGUUUUGCUAUUCAUAGCCGCUUGGCUUGGAGUAAAGCAUGAGGUGGCUUGUAGCUGGCAUUUGGGAGCUCAAAACGUUGUGAGGCACGACUGGAAAGAUGUUCACACGACAUGCUUUUCAAACGGCCCCAAUUGUGAUUGA